AUGAAGUUCACUACCGCCAUUACAACUGCCGUACUGGCAACUGGUGCCCUUGCGGCUCCUCGCCCUGGACUCGCUGAGCGCCUGGAAGCUCGCGGUGUUCUGACUCGCCAGUCUAUCCCAGCUCACAAGUUUGACAACUCCGGCGAGGAAAAUGGUGUCCUGCUCAAGGAGGGAAGCAACAGCGCCGAUGUCCAGUAUAGCAAGAAUUGGGCAGGCGUUGUUCGUGAGCAGCCACCUGCCAGUGGUGUCUAUACUGAAGUAUCGGCAACCUUCACCGUGCCUGACCCCACGGCCACCGAUGACUCGGGCGAUACCCAAGCCGCUUCAGCUUGGGUUGGCAUCGACGGUGACACCUACACCAACGCCAUUUUGCAGACCGGCAUUGACGCCUACAUCUCCAAUGGGCAAAAAUCAUAUGAUGCAUGGUACGAAUGGUACCCCAAUGCGGCCGAGAAUUUCAACAUCGACCUCACAGCUGGCGACGUGAUCGUUGCCACAGUCAACUCUUCCUCGCCCAGCAAGGGUGUUGCCAUUAUCGAGAACAAGUCAACUGGGAAGAGUGUGACCAAGUCGCUUUCUGCUCCUUCUUCAUCUGCCACUCUUGGUGGACAGAAUGCCGAGUGGAUCGUCGAGGACUUCAAUUCUGGUAAUUCCAUGGUCCCCCUGGCCAACUUUGGUCAGGUCGUAUUUACUGGUGCCCAGGCCAAGGGAUCGGAUGGAGCGUAUGGUGUGAAUAAUGCCGCGGUUCUGGAAAUCCAGCAAAACGGCCAGCUACUUGCCGAUGUUCAGAUCCAGAGCGACACCCAGUUUACCGUUACUUAUCAGUAA